AUGACAGUUGGCGCUACAGACAGGAGCCCUGAGCACCGUGGUGUUCACGUCCCCAACCCUCCUGGUACCGAGUCAAACAUAGCUUUAUACUAUGUGGCCACCGCUCGGCAGACGAACCGGCCUCCGGGUCUUGUCAAGCCACAUGUCGACUUGAAGACCGGUCGGUACACCGUACGCCCUGUUGGAAGCCUGCGAAACUUCCUGAACCGCUUAUUCAGUACUGGCUAUUAUGACAAGCAGCUCAAGCAGUACGUCCGUGGGAGUAUCGCCAUCCCAGACUACAAGGGUGUAGGAAUCAACAUGUACACUAUGCCAGAUGCAUCAACCGGCAUGAUUGAAUGCGACACCGUCACGUUGAUGAACUCGCGCGCUGAGUCCCGAAACUUGACUCUGGCAGCUCCUUUCUGGAACUAUAGCCACAACUUCCAGAAGGAGCCCGCCAAGGUAAAAUUCCACGAGAAUUUCCCCGGCCUUGCCCGUGCAUACAAGGAAUGCGAAUUCGAUGGUGAAGUUGCACGUCUCGUCGAAACUCUUCAAGAUGUCCCUGCUGGCUAUGCGUUCUGCACUGGCGGUCCCGGUUCCGGAAAGACUACCACUGUGCACAAUAUUGUGAAAGCCAUCCUUUUUGGUACUGUUGAGAAUAUCGAUAUCUCUGACCCUAAUGCCGAGCAAUGGGAAACUUCUGAAGCACCCGCUGACGACAAGUCUAAUCUCCCAGAGAUCCCUCAAUAUGAAGUCGUGCCCAUUCCAAGUGGUGCCAACCUUUAG